AUGGCGGGGAUUAAGCGCAGAUUCGAUACUGCAGAUGGUCGUGAUGGUAAACGGACAAAAGUUAAAGAUGGAGGGAGAGUGAACAAAAACAAGCCGGUUGUGGAAAGCAAGUCGAAGUCGAAAAAGCCGCAGCGAAAGGUUGAGAGCAGCGAGGAUGACGAGGAUGACGAUGAUGACGAGGAGGAAGAAGAUUUUAAUUUCAGUGAAGAGGGAGUAGAUGUGGAUGAUUCCCCGUCUGACAGCGAAGAUACCACUCAGCCUCAGAAAUCGAAGACUCGUUCAAAAAGUUUGAGCAGUUCGGAAAAACAGGCAAAUGGAACUGGGGGCGGUGCUCUCUCUGUAAAAAGUGGAACUUCCUCAAAAGAAUCACACGCAAAGCAAAAAGCGCUUGCGCAGGAACGCAAAGCCGCAAAACCAAACUCCGACCUUAUUGCCCGCUCCAAGAAGCUUUGGGAACGCCUUCGCCGCAAAUCACACGUACCUCUUGAGGAGCGCAAAAAACUUGUCGCGGAGCUAUACUCUAUCAUCACGGGACGGGUAAAGGAGUUCGUUUUCAAACACGACUCCGUCCGUGUCAUUCAGACGGCGCUCAAAUAUGCCUCUCCCCAACAGCGCAAGGACAUCGCGAAAGAAUUGAAGGGCGACUAUUGCAGCCUGGCGGAGAGUAAGUAUGCAAAAUUCUUGAUCGGGAAAUUACUGGUUCAUGGCGACUCGGAGGUCAGGGAUAUAAUUAUUCCCGAGUUUUAUGGACAUGUUAAGCGGCUCAUGCGGCAUCCGGAGGCGUCAUGGAUCGUGGAUGAUAUCUACAGGACUGUUGCGACGGCUACUCAGCGGGCUAUGUUACUUCGCGAGUGGUAUGGAGCUGAGUUUGUGGUUUUCAGACCUGCGGAUGGGGUGCCGGAAACGGCAGAUUUGGCGGAGAUUAUCUCGAAAAACCCAGAAAAGAGGGGCCCUAUUAUGAAAUAUCUUCAUGAGUUUAUCAACCAUCUCGUCCAGAAAAAAUUUACUGGGUUCACGAUGUUGCAUGAUGCCAUGCUUCAAUAUUUCCUCAACACCACGCCUGGUAGUGAGGAGGCAGCAGAGCUUGUCCAGCUCAUCCUGGGUGACGAGGAAGGGGACCUCGCUAAAAAUUUGGCAUUUACGAAGUCGGGUGCCCGACUGGUAUCUCUAUGUUUUGCAUAUUCGAACGCCAAAGACAGAAAACUUCUAUUGAGACUUUACAGAGGCACAAUGAAAAUGCUAGCCGGCGAUGUGAACGGACAGGUGGUCCUCCUUACCGCUUACGAGGUCAUUGAUGACACAAAACUCUCAUCUAAAUCGAUAUUUCCAGAGCUCCUCAACCAAUCAUCUACUGCGGAAGCUCGUCACGAAGAGCUUCUACUUCAAAUUACUGACCUCACCGCCCGGAUCCCCAUCCUCUAUUCUUUUGCCGAGGAUACAACACGCUGGCUCGUCACAGACCCAGAUCACAAGAAAAUCCUCGAUGAAGUCCUAGCGAUCCGAUCCCAAACAUCCAAAAAGGACCCGAAUACCCGUCGCCAAGAGCUCGUCAAAGCCGCUUCACCAACCCUGCUUGAAUUCAUCGCCGCACGUGCAGACUCUCUGGUUGAAUAUAGCUUUGGCUGCCAAUUCAUCACAGAAGUCCUCUUCAGUGCAGAUGGUGACAAAACAGCCGCCCUAACUGCCAUCGCGGCUCUACCAACGUCUAAACCCGAAGCCCUGAAGAACCCAUCUGCGGGGCGGAUGCUGAAAGCACUCGUCCAGGGUGGUCGGUUUAACAGCAAGACCAAAUGUGUAGAAAAAUUGCAGCCGCCGUUAAAUUUUCACGGUCUGCUCUAUGAGCAAAUUGCGGCAAAUGUGAUGGCGUGGGUCACUGGGGCGAAUCCGUUUGUGAUACUGGCUCUUGUCGAGGCGGAGGAUUUUGGGAAGAGAGGGGAGUUGGUGAAAACCUUGACGAAGCACAAGAAGGUGUUGGCUGAGCUUUCAGCGAAGGAGCCGGCGAAUAAGGGGGAGAAGAGGGGAGCCGUUAGCAGUGCGGCAAAGUUGUUAUUGGAAAGGGUUGGGUAGCUUUUCUGAGAUUUUUCGUUUCAGUUUCCGUUUUGCUUAUUUUUUUAUUCUUUUUUUUUUUUUUUCCAAAUUAGACGGGAAUAUAAAGUAUAAUGAGGCUGGGGCGGAGCUCUUGAGAAGCACUCACUCAUCAAGUGGUGUUGUUCCUCAGGUCUGACUGACAAUUGUUAGUUUACGAAGUUCCACACAAAUUUCCAUCCGGUCUGAUCUGAGCAGGCAUGGUCGGUCGAUCUAUUUAAGCAUUCAAGCGCGGAACUUAUUUUCCCUUUCUUCGGUGGAACUUGAAGGUUAUAAUUUCGCGAGUUGCACAUAGUACCCACGUGUGUCAGUCCCAGCCCGAGACCAUCUAGGUUACUCGUUACCAUUCUUGUCAAACCUCAUACCCUUCCCCGCCUGGGAGAAUUAUUUAUAACAUGUAGGACGGAAAGUUAUCCGAAGUGAUUACUCUGAACUGGGCUUUCUGUCAUAUGGAGCAAGCGUCUGGUCGGAAGGGGUGUUGGGUAUGCUAACGGGCAUUAUUCCUGACAAUGAAACAACAGUAGGGUUGGUUUAUUCCUUUACAGGCAUUGGUAUUGGCCAUUUCAUGACGCUCUGAUUGGAUUUGGCUUCUUUGGCCUCAGGGGCUACUAGUACUCUACAAUAAACAUAUUCCCACAAAGGCUAAAACAAAGUGUAAAUAUAGGUCGGAAUGGAAUCGAGAUAAGGUUUGAAUGUC